AUGGUUGGUAGUUCAUUCAAAUGUGGACAGCCGAACUGUUUUUUCCCCGUAAAUGAAGGGAUGCAGUGCGAUGAAUGCAAAAAAUGGUACCACAAGAUGUGUACCCGUCUCAGUCCAGCUGCAUACAAAAGAUGCUCUAAGCCUAACUCGCACUGGCUUUGUAUGUUCUGCUGUACUAACAAGACGACAUUAAUUCAAGAGGCUAUGAGCCUAUUGGCUCUAGCCUGUAAAAAGAAAGAUAGUGGGUGCGCUAGUAACGCAAGCACUGACAGUGAAGACUGUGUCAGUGUUGUAAGUGCUGUUACAAAACGCGCUGAACAACCUACUCUAAUUAAUGACGAAGUGAAACUUCCGUUACAACAAACGAGGAGUAAAUCACCACAUGGUAUUGACAUGAGUAAUCAUGUAUCUUUAGUAGAAAUUGAGGACCCGGAUAAAACCGUCACCGUCCCCAAUAGUCCUAAUGCAGCUGUCCUGAAUGACCAAAAAUGGACCUCAGUAAAGAGGAAAAGGAAAGGAAAAAAAGCUAAUGAUAAAGCACACUUGGUUGACAAGCCAUUGAGGAACUCACAGUCUGAGUCACUCAAUGCAUUAUCGCACUCUGAUAGAACGGCAGAUCAUCAUCCUAGUGCGACUGAGAGGAAUUUAAUAUCAUCGAAUGUUAUUGUGAGUAAAUUGCCAGAGUCUAACGACCCAGAUCCUAAGGUUAGACACACCCAUGACUUAGAGAGGCUCGGAGAAUAUAUCCGUAGCACAUUACCAGAUAACACUAAAGGUGUUCAGGUCAAAAAAUUAGUUAGAAUAGGUAAAAGAGCCGAUGACAGUGUUCUACCCUGA